CAUGACGCUCGCCUUGGCACCUUCCUUCUGCCAAUCUCCCACUCACCAUCGCUUCUUUUAUCCUGCCCGCUUGCUACCGGGCACCAUGUGUGGCAUCUUCUGUUCUGUCAGCGCUGUCGGGCACAUAGGCCCUGACGAAAGACAUCGCCGCCUCCUCGAGAAACGAGGUCCUGACUCUUCCCGAGAGCUGGAGCAAAAGUCUGAAAAUGUUUAUUUGACCUGUUUCAGCACCGUCCUCGCUCUGAGAGGUCGUCACACCGUUGUCCAGCCUGUACAACAUGCAGACUACCCAGACGCCUUCCUCUGUUGGAAUGGUGAAGCUUGGAAGCAUGAUGCUUUUCCCAUCUCAGGCAAUGAUUCAGAAGUUGUCUUUGCAAAUAUUUCAAGCCUGCUUAAAGCUGAUGGUUCUAAUGCCCCUGCUUCCACGUCCAAAAUCGUGAAGUAUGCUUUGAAUCUGAUCACUGGCCCCUAUGCCUUUGCCUACUACGACCCUCGCUCAGACACUUUGUUCUUUGGUAGAGAUCCUCUUGGACGUCGUUCCUUGAUGCACCGUGUUGAUGACAAUGGUAAUUUCAUUCUCUCUACCAUUUCUGCUUCUCAAGAACAAGGUUGGAACGAAGUAGAAGCUGAUGGUAUUUACUUGCUCAAUCUCAAGUCUUUCUACGUGUCUGCUCAGAAGAAAGAGCAGUGCACUCCAACACGCCUUUCCUACGCCUCCUCCCCAAACACUGUCAUCUCCACACACUCACCACUCGAGUUGCCUGCAUCUCCGCUAAAUUCUUCAUCUCCUGCUGUUGCGAAGGUCGAAGCCUUGCUGCGUGACUCUCUGCAUCUACGCAUCUCCAACAUUCCUGCCCACCAAUAUUCCCUACCAUCACACCCUUCAGCGAGUCUUGCUGUUCUCUUUUCCGGUGGUCUAGAUUGCACUCUCCUGGCGCGACUCUCACACGAUAUACUCGAUCCAACACAACCAAUCGACCUCCUCAAUGUCGCCUUCGAGAACCCUCGGGUACAUCGUCGACCCGCAGACGCAGAUCCUGACGAACCCUGGUCACCCUACGAACUCUGCCCAGAUCGAAUCACUGGACGUGCUUCUUUCGCUGAGCUCCAAGCGAUCUGUCCUGGCCGUGCAUGGAAUUUUGUCGCCAUUGAUAUUCCUUACAAAGAGUUCCUUGCUCAUAGACCAGAGGUUGUUAGCUUAAUCUAUCCUCAUAACACUGAGAUGGAUCUAAGCAUCGCUUCUGCUCUUUAUUUCACUUCGCGAGGCGAGGGACGGAUGAAUUCGAAAGCUGGAGAAUUGACAGACUACACAUCUGAAGCCAAAGUGCUGCUGUCUGGCUUGGGCGCCGACGAAAUGUUCGGUGGCUACACUCGACAUGAUACUGCGUUUCGCCGCCAGGGUCUCUCUGGACUCAAGGAUGAACUUGAUCUCGAUGUUGACAGGUUGGGUAAACGAAAUCUUGGUCGUGAUGAUCGCGUGCUGUCCAAUUGGGCAAGGGAGACAAGAUUUCCAUUCUUGGACGAGGAUCUUGUGAGAUGGACAGUCAAUGCUCCUGUGUGGGAGAGAUGCGGAUUCGGCGAGAACAAGGAGAAUUUGGAUAGCGAGACUGGUUCUUUGGAACCUGCGAAGAAAUUACUGCGAUGCCUUGCCUGGAAACUUGGUAUGNAAAAGGUCGCUACGGAAAAGAAGCGAGCAAUUCAGUUUGGCGCUCGUACAGCCAAGAUGGAGGUGGGUCGCUCAAAGGGAACCCAGGCUAUCACU